AUGGGAUUCCUCCACAAGCUCUGGGAUGACACGCUUGCCGGCCCCGCACCCGACACCGGCCUAGGCAAACUACGAAAGUACAACUCUUUCUCUGCCGCCAGAUCUUCUGCUCCACCUUCCACCGUCACUCCUAAUGAAACCCCCAUAACUCGGAGCAUUACCCUUCUCAGAACCACCUCGGCCAUCUCAGCCGGUUCCGGUUCUGUCCCAGCUUCACCGGCUGGUUCCAGCACAACCACUUCCCCUUUUUCACCGAGCACACCCCGUGGAGAUUUCAAGAAAUUUACGAGAAGAAAGCCGACUCCAGAAGCAUUACAACGAGCGGAGCCUGGAGGUCCGCCAACCGGCUACGAUUGGAUUGUGAUGAGUGCUUUGGAUCGGUGA